UGUCACAUUUAGACAUAUUUUGUCAGAAUGUAAUGUUAUCAACAGAUUUUAUUAAUUUAUAUUUUUUUAUAAAUUAUUUCUCGUUCUUACAAUGAAAGUUUAAGAAUUUCAGAGAGAUAUCAUGGAGCCGCUUAAAACUGACUCCCCAAAGUUGUCCAAUAUGGUUAUGUGCGGUGAUCACCCGUCGAUCACCAAGACGGAGCUGAACGCGAAGGAGCCGAGGGCUGACGAGGACAAGGAAAAGGACAUCGAAAAGGACGCGAAGACACCCAUGUCCCACGCGAGGAUUUCACCCACGUCGUCUCGCGACAAGCCCGAAGAGCGUGCUCGUUUGCGCGCCGCGUCCGAGCAUGCGCUGCGAGCGCUCGCCAAGCAGCGCCGCUCGCUCGAAGCCGUGCACAGACCCGACGUCGCCGCCGUACAGGGCAACAGGGAGCUAGUGCAAGCGGCGUUGGGCAGUUUCCGCUGGCCGCCCUACCUGGUGUGCGUGUGGGUGCUGGUGCUGCUGAUCACACACGCACUGCACUGCGUGGUCGGGAUGCUCGACAAGGCACUGCCUGCUUUGCGGAAAGUCUGUCAAUACUUCCGAACGUGGACCGAAGAGAGCUGGAAGCGGGAGGUGGUAAUGAACCAGCGCCUCUGCCCCAUCGCACUAGCCUGCAUCACUGCCCUACUGUACACUCUAUACUGUGUCCUGGUGGCUGUGCACGGGUUGGCGCUGUGGGCCGUGGAGCCACUGUGCGCGGAGGUCGACGACAAGCCCAGCGUGGAAGAGAUCCCUAGAGUCACCAACUACGUGGACAUAGUUGGCAGCAAGAUCAAGCAGUAGUAUAGACCCUAUUCGAAAUUAUCAAUGAUGUUGUUUAUAGGUUUGAACUAAAGUUAUUUGGAUUUGAUUUUUGGUGUAACCUAUAAAAUUAUUAUGGAAUAUAUUAAAAUUAUGGAAUAAAUCA